AUGGCUUCCCCCAGUGUCCUCACCUUUGACGCUGAGGGUCGGGCCAUUGACUUUGACGUCUGGGUAGAUGACCUGCAGCUUUUCCUACUGAGCGACAGAGCAGACGGCCUUUCUCUCUUUGACCUCACUUCUGGUGCCUCUCCUGCCCCUGCUGCUGAUGCUGACCCCACUGUUCGCUCUCAGUGGGCCACGCGCGAUGCUGCUGCCCGCCUUGCUGUGCGCCGCCACUUGCCGACCGCUGAGCGUGCGCACUUUAGCCAGUACAAGAGUGCUAAGACCUUGUACGACGCUGUAGUUGCACGCUGCUCUUCACCUGCCACUGCUGCACUUAGCCGCCUCAUCCUACCGUACCUCUUCCCUGACCUCGCCGCUUUUCCCACUGUCGCUGACCUCAUUACGCACCUCCGCACUAGUGACACUCGCUACCGCGCUGCACUUCCUGCUGAAAUCUGCGCCAAGACCCCCCCCCCCAUGUACAUCACCCUCUACUACAUAGUCACCCGGCUCCCUGACACCCUUCGCCCGGUUAGGGACCACUUCCUCUCUGUUUGCCCCACCACCCUCACCGUUGACCUCCUCGAGGAGCGCCUGCUCGCGGCAGAGAAGAGCAUAGUCGCAGUAGGUGCCUCUCGUGGUGACCCUCGUACCCCUGUCUUUGAGGGGUGCUCCCCCUCUCCCCUCUUGCCCUCUGUUGCCUCUGCUGCUGCGGCCGACCUCGUUGGUCUUGAGUCGGUCGCUGCGGCGUCUGCCCCUAGCGGGAGACGCCGCCCUGGCAAGGGCAAGGGGGGCAAGGGUGCUGGAGGAGCUGGCGGGGGCGGUGGAGGCGGAGGUGGAGGUGGUGGAGGGGGUGGGGGUGGCGGUGGGGGUGGUGGCGGGGGUGGGGGCGUCGGUGGCGGGACUGGAGGUGGAGGUGGAGGCGGCGGUGGCGGUGGGAGCGGAGGUGGCGGAGGUGGCGGUAGUGGAGGAGGUAGCGGCGGAGGCGGCGGAGCUGGUCGGGGUGGCGCUGCGCAGAGGGGUGGCUCCGGUGGUGGUGCGCGCCAGCAGCAGCAGCAGCAGCGUACCCGUGAGACCCCUUCCCCCCAGCAGCUUCGUGAGUGGUACGCUGCUCGUCAGCGGGGCGGGGGUGCUGGCCCCUGUACCUACGUUCUCCGUACCGGCGACCGGGCGGGUGAGCAGUGUGGGGGCGCGCACCCCACCCAGCGCUGCUUCGGCCGUCUGACAGACGCGUGGCGCCACCAGUUCCCCGACGCUACUGAGAUCCCUCGCUGGGGCGAGCUGUCUAGGGCGGGUGUUGCAAUCUAUGAUCUUGAUUUUGAUGCUAUUCUUGCUGCCAUGUAUGCUGUGACUAUUAGUGAUGAGGGUGACUGUUACCGGUGUUUCCCGCCUGACCCAGGCAUAGAGGCUGCUGCGCUAGGUACUUGUGAGGCUGCUGCUCUAGGUGCCAGUGCGUCUGCUGCCCCAGGUGCCGGUGAGUUUGCGCUCUCAGGUGCUGCGUCGUCCCCGGACACCCACACCUUCACCCUUGACUCGGGUGCUUCCCGCUCCUUCUUUCGAGACUGCACCACUCUCACACCGCUCAGUCGGCCUGUUGCGGUCUCCCUGGCGGACCCCUCUGGGGGUCCUGUCCUUGCUCACUACUCCACUGUCCUACCGUGUCCGGCGGUCCCGUCUGGCUCCCUGUCGGGUCUCUACCUCCCCUCGUUCUCUACGAACUUGGUGGCGGGUGCUGACCUCCAGGAUGCAGGAGUUGACCAGUUCACCCCUGCGCGUCAGCGGGUGACCCACUGCACUUGUGCGGACACGGGCCGACACUUGGCCACGUUUGCUCGUCGGCCAGGGUCGAGCCUGUACACACUGACUACUGAGUCUCCUCCAGUCACUGAGUCUGCUCAGGUAGCCGCGUCGGGUCAGGUGUUUGCUGCGGUGUCCAGGUCUGGUCCUGAGUCUGCCCCCUGCUCGUGUCGUCUCCUGUCUCACCGGACUCUCCUCUGGCACCACCGUCUUGGUCACCCCUCCCUGCCUCGCCUUCGAGGCAUGGCUUCCCGUCUUCUUGUUUCUGGUCUCCCCCGGUCCCUCCCUCCCCUUCCUCCGGGGCCUGCCCCCACCUGCGUUCCCUGCGUCGAGGGGCGGCAGCGCGCUGCUCCUCACUCCUCCGAGUUUCCUCCGACAGAGGCUCCGCUGCAGACGCUUCACAUGGACGUGUGGGGCCCAGCCCGCGUUCGUGGGCAGGGUCAGGAGCGUUACUUCCUGCUGGUGGUUGACGACUACUCGCGUUACACCGCAGUCUUCCCCUUGCGCAGCAAGGGUGACGUCACUGAGGUGUUGAUCGCCUGGAUCCGCGCAGCUCGUCUCCAGCUCCGGGAGAGUUUCGGCUCCGACUUUCCUGUUCGGCGUCUGCACUCCGACAGAGGCGGAGAGUUCUCCUCUGACCUUCUGCGGGCCUUCUGUCGCGCACGAGGCAUCCGCCAGACCUUCACGCUUCCGGACUCUCCGCAGCAGAAUGGGAUUGCUGAGCGCCGCAUCGGCAUGAUCAUGGACGUCGCUCGUACGUCCAUGAUCCAUGCGGCUGCUCCCCAUUUUCUGUGGCCGUUUGCGGUUCGGUACGCGGCGCAUCAGCUCAACCUUCACCCCCGGGUCUCCAUGCCGGAGACCUCCCCUGCUUUGCUGUGGACGGGGAAGGUUGGUGAUGCGUCGCGUUUCCGGGUCUGGGGAUCUAGGGCGUUUGUCCGCGACUUGUCUGCGGACAAGCUGUCCUCUCGUGCUGUUCCCUGCGUCUUCCUUGGCUUUCCCCCUGACGCGCCAGGCUGGCAGUUCUACCACCCCACCUCGCGCCGUGUCUUCGCGUCCCAGGACGUCACCUUUGACGAGUCGGUUCCCUACUACCGUCUCUUCCCCUACCGCACUGCGUCCCUCCCUCCCCCGCCGCUCUUCCUUACCCCCUCCAGGUCCCCCUCCGUCGAGGUAGCUGUUGACUCUGGUGCUGCUGGUGGUGCUGAGCCUGGGGGUGCUGGGUCUGGGGGUGCUGCGACUGGGGGUGCUGAGCCUGGGGGUGCUGGGCCUGGGGGUGCUGCUCGGGGUGCUGAGCCUGGGGGUGCUGUGCCUGGGGUUACUGAGCCUGGGGGUGCUGCGCCUGGGGGUGCUGAGCCUGGGGGUGCUGUGUCUCGGAGUGCGGAGCCUGAGGGUGCUGGACCUGCUCGUCCGGCGUCUGGUGGUGCUGAGCCUGACAGUUCUUCGGGUGCUUCGUCCCGGCGGGAGCUACUCUCUCCACAGGAGCUGCGUGAGUGGUUCGCCCGGCGCUGGCGACGUGCUGCUGGAGCUGGUGGUGCUGCAGGAGCUGGAGGUUCUACUGCUGCUGAGAGUACUGGUGCCGAGGGUCCCAGGCGUGCUCGUACCGAGUGUACUGGAGCUGCUGGCCCUACGAGUGCUCCUCCUGCUGGAGCUGGUGGUGCUGCUGGUGCUCCUGGAGCUGGAGCUGCUGGUGCUGCUGGUGCUGCUGGUGUUGGCGCUGGGGGUGCUCCUGGCGCUGGUGCUGCUGAGGGUGCUGGAGUUGGAGCUGCUGGAGCUGAGGGUCCUCCUGGUGCUGGUGCUCCCGCUGGGGGUGCUGGUGCUGUUCCUGCUGGCACUGGUGGAGCUACGCGGCCGCGGCCGUACUUCGUUCCGCUCCUUGAGCAGGUUCUUGGUCUUCCGUCCUCUCUUGGUCCUGCUCCUGCCUUAGAGUGUCCGCCUCCUGUCCAGUCUGAGUCACAGUUACAGCCACCUUCCCCGCUUCCUUCUCCUUCUCCCUACACUGGUCCUACUAGAGGUCUUGCUGAGCGUCGUGAGCCUGCGUCUCGCCCUGCGUCGCCUGUCCGUGCUGCUCGCACUAGUGGUCGUGGUUCGCGCCAGCGUCCUCCCCCUGUCCCCGGCACGCACCGGAUGUCUCUGCGUCCUUCCACUGCUCCGCUGCGUGCCCCUUUGCCUUCUCCUCCAGCGUCCUCUCUUCCUGACCUUCCUGACCCGGAGUCGGACUCCCUUCGUGCUGCGCGUCCUACUGUCACGCGUCUCCUUGCUACUGUCGUCACUGACCCUUCCUUUGAGUCUACUGCUGCGUCUGCCCUAGUUGCUGAGCUUGUCGACUUCGCUGCUCGCUGUCGCCUAGACUACGCUGCUAGUCUUGUUGCUGAGUCUGGGUCUGUCUGUCCUCCGUCCGUCGGGGGUGAGUGUGCUCUUGGCACGGACGUCCUUGAGGACAGGCAGGAGGAGUUCCAGUGCUUGGCUGCUGCUUCACCUCAUCUCGUGUCCAUGCUGCUUGCCCCUGAGGGAGACCCGGAUGCACUUGACAUCCCGACUCCGCGCUCUUACGCAGAGGCGAUAGAGGGCACCUACGUUGACGAGGUUCCCCCGCCUGGGGCGAACAUCGUCAGUGGCAUGUGGAUUUUCAGGGUGAAGCGGCCGCCGGGUUCUCCGCCUGUCUUCAAGGCGCGUUACGUGGCUCGUGGCUUCAGUCAGCGGCAGGGAGUUGACUACUUUCAGACCUUCUCUCCCACCCUGAAGAUGACCACUCUUCGGGUACUGCUGCACAUAGCCGCUUACCGAGACUACGAGCUGCACUCUCUUGACUUCAGCACUGCUUUCUUGCAGGGCAGCCUGCACGAGGAGAUCUGGCUGCGCCGCCCACGUGGCUUCACUGGGACUUUUCCUCCUGGCACCCAGUGGAGCCUCCGGCGGCCAGUCUACGGUCUCCGCCAGGCGCCUCGUGAGUGGCACGACACACUGAGGACGACACUUGCGGCUCUUGGGUUUGCACCUUCUACUGCCGACCCGUCGCUGUUUCUGCGCACCGACACUUCUUUGCCGCCGUUCUACAUCCUCGUGUACGUCGACGACUUGGUCUUUGCUACAGCUGACACUGCUAGACUUGCCUACGUGAAGUCCGAACUGCAGAAGAGACACACGUGCACAGACCUGGGUGAACUGCGCAGCUACCUUGGCUUGCAGAUCACCCGGGACAGAGCACAGCGCACCAUUACCCUGACUCAGUCACACAUGGUGCAGCAGGUCCUUCAGCGCUUCGGCUUCACGUACUCCUCGCCUCAGGCCACUCCUCUGCCUACACGCCACUCGCUCUCAGCUCUGCCUUCGGAUGAGUCCGUAGAGUCGAGUGGCCCGUACGCAGAGCUUGUCGGCUGCCUCAUGUACCUGAUGACCUGCACUCGACCUGACCUUGCAUACCCUCUUAGCAUUCUUGCACGCUAUGUUGCUCCUGGGAGACACAGACCAGAGCACAUGGCUGCAGCGAAGAGGGUGUUGCGCUACUUGUGUAGUACGUCGGGCAUGGGGCUUGUGCUUGGAGGGCAGAGUCCAGUGGUCCUCACUGGUCACGCAGACGCUUCUUGGGCAGACGACCAGGCUACGCAGCGGUCGUCACAGGGUUACACCUUCAGCCUUGGUUCCGGCUCUGUUUCGUGGCGGUCUACCCGCUCGUCUUCUGUUCUCGGCUCGAGCUGUGAGGCUGAGAUCUACGCAGGGGCCAUGGCUGCACAGGAGCUACGCUGGCUCACCUACCUGCUGACUGACCUGGGAGAGCCGCCUCGUUCUCCUCUAGUGCUGUACGUCGACAACAAGGCCAUGCUGGCCUUGUGUCGGGAGCACAGACUGGAGCACAGAACGAAGCACAUCGCUCUCCGCUACUUCCUUGCUCGUGAGCUGCAGCAGCGUGGUCAGCUGCGCCUUGCUUACGUGGCCUCUGAGGCCAACACUGCUGAUAUCUUCACCAAGGCACUCGCGCCUUGUGAUCAUCAGCGCUUCUGUACUCUGUUAGGUCUUGUGCCUACCUUGCCUCACUUGCUUACUUCUUGA